CCGACGUCCAUUCGUGCAUCCGAUCUGGCACGUUGAUAGUCGGAGUCUCACGGUGCAUCAGUCAGUCGGCGACCUGAUACUGAAUCGACGAGUACUUACAAAACCGUCGUGCAAGAGUUUGUGAUCAUUCACUGUUCAUCGUAUCAGAAAGACAGAAACAAAUUGGAAAAGAUGUACGAGUUAAAUAAUUUGGAUGAGUGCUACAGAAUCGCUGAAGAGUUAGUUUUACAUGCGGGAAAGAUAAUAGAAGAUGGUAUCAGUAGUAGAAAAAAUGUCAAAAGUAAGGGGAUUGACUGGGAUCUUGUCACAGAAUAUGACCGCAAAAUAGAGGACAAAUUAAUAAAACAAUUGUCAAUACAAUUUCCAUUGCACAAAUUUAUUGGAGAGGAAACAGUAGCGAAGGAAGGCUGUCUGCCACAACUGACCAAUGAUCCUACGUGGAUAAUAGACCCGAUAGACGGUACCACCAAUUUUGUACACCGUUUUCCACAUACAUGUAUCUCUUUAGCACUACUAGUAAAUAAAAAGGCAGAAAUUGGGAUAAUAUACAAUCCUCUUAUGAGGCAAUUUUUUUCGGCGAGAAGACACUGCGGUGCCUUCCUUAAUGGCAAGUCCAUAAAAACCUCGGACGUGAAAGACUUAUCACAAUCAUUGGUGGCCAUGGAACCAUGGCUCGCAAAGGAUCCUCAGUAUUUAACUAGUGUAUAUAGCAGAAUGCAUGCUUUAAUACAAGGAACUCAUGGAAUAAGAUCACUAGGAACAGCAGCGCUUACUUUAUGCUAUGUAGCAAUGGGAGCUGUAGAGGCAUACCAUAUUGAAGGUAUCGACGCUUGGGAUGUUGCGGCAGGGAAAUUAAUUAUUGAAGAAGCAGGUGGAGUUGUGAUAGAUACUGCUGGGGGAGAACUGGAUCUAAUGACUCCGAGAGUUAUAGCAGCAUGCAAUCAGCAAAUUGCACAACAGCUUGUGGAUCUUAUUAAGAAAGCCGAUUCUCAGAUACUUAAUAAAAACUUAAAUUGAUUAUAUUGGCAUAUGUAAUAAAGAUUAUAUUAUAUAACAACGCAUAUAUAUGCAAACUUAAAAACAUAGUAUUAGACAUAAUAUUAGACGUAACUCAAAAACUCCAUAGAUUUAUAAAAUUAAAGAUUGUAUCUUAGGACUGAUA